GUCAAAAAAUUCAACACACCAGCAGUGUGAGGAGAGACCUGAAAGUGGCACAUGGCAUGGCAGAGUGUGGCGAUGGAGACAGCAGCAAUGGGAGGCCGUACAGGGACCCAUGAGAGACUCUGGACUUGGCAGCAGCAUGAGGAGGCGGUAUAUAGGGGCCCAUGGCAGAUUAGGGGCCUGGCAGCAGCUAUGGGAGGCCCGUAAUCUGCCAGCACCCUAUGUCAAAAAAUUCAACACACCAGCAGUGUGAGGAGACCUGAAAGUGGCACAUGGCAUGGCAUGAGAGACUGUGGACCUGGCCUAGCAGCAUGAGGAGGAGGAGGCGGUAUAGGGGCCCAUGGCAGAUUAGGGGCCUGGCAGCAGCUAUG